AUGGUGAAUUUUGGAAAAAUAAGGAUAUUGGUAAAAUGUAUGAUUUUUUUAAACCUGGUGUUACAAGAUUUGAUAAUACAAAUAAUGAUAUACAAAGAAAACCUACAUCAGAUGGAAUCCUUUCAUUUGGUUGCGAUAAACAAAAAGGUGAAUUCAGUCCAAAUAUCGCUUGGAUAGUAACGGUAACUGUGGAUCCUUUAGCUUUACAAGAAAAAAUUGAUAAUACACUUUUGGCUAACAUGACUACAAACAAAGAUGAACCUAUCGAUCUAGAAGAUGCGUUAUUUUUUGGAAUAGAACAAA